CUGCAGCCAUGACCUGGGGCACCGCGGCAACCUACCUGCAGGAAGCCCCUGAGACCCCCCGAGCUGCACCAUGAAGAGGCAAAACGUCCGGACCUUGGCUCUCAUCAUCUGCACCUUCACCUAUCUCCUGGUGGGAGCCGCCGUCUUCGAUGUCCUGGAAUCGGACAAGGAGACCACGGAGAAGAAGAAGCUGGAGGACAAGAUGAGCGAGCUGCGGGGCAAGUACAACCUGACGGAGGAGAACUACACCGAGCUGGAGUGGGUCGUCCUGAAGCUCAAGCCCCACAAGGCGGGGGUGCAGUGGACCUUCGCAGGGUCCUUCUACUUCGCCAUCACUGUGAUCACCACCAUAGGUUAUGGACAUGCUGCUCCCAGCACAGAUGGAGGUAAAGUCUUCUGCAUGUUCUACGCCCUCCUGGGAAUCCCCCUAACUUUGGUCAUGUUCCAGAGCCUGGGUGAGAGGAUUAACACCUUAGUCAGGUAUCUACUCUACCGUAUUAAGAAGUGCCUUGGAUUGAGACGGCCUGACGUAUCUAUGGCCAACAUGGUCAUCAUCGGCUUCUUCUCCUGCAUUAGCACCCUGUGCAUCGGAGCUGCAGCUUUCUCUUACUACGAGCAGUGGAGCUUUUUCCAUGCCUACUAUUACUGCUUUAUAACCCUUACCACCAUUGGAUUUGGAGACUAUGUUGCCCUCCAGAAAGACGCUGCUCUCCAAAACAAGCCCCAGUAUGUUGCCUUCAGCUUUGUGUACAUUUUAAUGGGACUGACCGUCAUAGGAGCUUUCCUUAACUUGGUAGUUCUUCGAUUCAUGACCAUGAAUGCCGAGGACGAAAAACGGGAUGCUGAACAUCGGGCAUUACUGACCAGAAAUGGCCCCUCCAGCCUACAUACCACCGACACAAGUUCUUCAACAGGUGGCUUUCGGAAUGUGUAUGCUGAAGUUCUUCACUUCCAGUCCAUGUGUUCUUGUUUAUGGUACAAAAGUAGGGAAAAACUACAAUAUUCCAUUCCUAUGAUCAUCCCCCGAGACCUGUCCACUUCGGACACUUGUGUAGAACAGAACCACCACUCCCCUGGUCGAUGCAUGGGUACGCCAUCCAAUGGAUGUAUCUGUAACAACCAACAUUCAGCCAUCAGCUCUGUAUCCACAGGACUGCACAGUCUCUCUACGUUUCGAGGACUCAUGAAGCGGCGAAGUUCUGUGUAGUCCCCAUUCAUCCACAGUAUAGACUUUUAUUACAAAUUGCCUACUGAAAUUAGAGUAUUCACACAAAUGUACAGUGUUCUUUAUUUUCAUACCAUCUGACCCCUCAUGUUGAUUGGCUAUAGGUGAUUGUGAGUUGGGGGAUCAUGUAUCAAAGUGAGAAGAAAAAUUAGCCCAAGAAGAAUCCAGGUUAUGGUUCCAGGUGUAGAGGUAUCUGGUUGGCAUUCUACCAAGGGGUAGAGAAAUUCCUCUAGUAGAUAGCAUUAGACACCA